AUGUCUUCAGUUUGGAAGACUGCCUGUGGAUCAAAUGCGAUUCCUGAGAUGAUGGUGAAAAUCAUUGGAAGUAAACACUUUCGAUACCUUUUAGAGAAGCCAAAGAUCAAGGAGAAUGAGAACUUGAAGGCAGAAACUCAAACAGUUCUCCAGAAAUCAGUGACUGGUACUGCAAAGCAGAUUAGCAGAGACCACCCCCCAGCUUCUACUAAUCCCACAGAUCAUCAAAUCAAUCAUGACCCAGAUGAUGUGGAAAAGAGCAAGCACCCAGAGAAAAACCAGAAACCAGAGGAAAACCAGAAACUCCGAACGGGAGCACUUAGUUGCAGAUUUCUGAAUGGUAAAAAUGAAACUGUUCUGUGGACGGACUGUGGAAUCAUUCUCAUCCCAGAGGAAAGGAUUCCCAACAAGGAAAAUGUCUACUGCAGCUCUGUACCAACUGGAGACCAGUCCCUGUCCUAUAUCCAUACUCCUCAGAGAAACCUUAGAGACUGAUCCUUAGAACAGAUGGCAAGGGGCAGCUCUGACCAACCCAAUGAUAUUGGCCAGAGGCCAAGUGGAACAACAAAAGAAGACACUUUUCUUCUGGUCAGAAGAGAACUCAAGUCAUACCUUUUGAGUUCUGGCUUAUUAGACAAGCUUCAGAAAGAGCAGGAUCCUGUCUCUUCAGGAUUUCUUCUCCAACCUCAGCUGAGCUGCCUCUUCUUGAGGCUUGAGGUCCCGCUGCUGUUACCAACACUCAAGAUCCUUUGCCAGCGAUUUUCUGGGAGGGGAUCUCCUGAAAUGGUGAAUUAUGAAAAGCUACUCUGGUUUUUAAAAGUUCCAGCUUCAGAUGAUCCACAGCAAAACAAAAGAGUUGAGGACAGCAGGAUGAAAGAAACUCAGGGUGGUAGCCAUCAAAGUACUGCCCCUCAAGACUCCAACUUCCAGUCAGAAGUGAACCACCACCUGUUGGAGAUCUUGAAGACGGCACUAAGGGCAACCAAGGGCAAACUCAACAUGGAGAAUCUCAACCUGAGUUUUCGAAAAGAAGAUCGCUCAUUCUCUGGCUACCUGUCCCCACCCAAGGUGAGGGCUAUAUGUGGGAAACACGGAUUAUAUUUGACUUUGAGCCUUCUGGAAACAUUGCUUAACCAUCAAGAUUUGGGUUAUCAGGACAAAAUAAAAUGGCAGAAUUUUGUUGAGUUGUUGAGCAGAGCUUCAUCUUAUUUGUCAUCUGAUUUGCCUCCCAGAAAGAAAGGAGAGGAAACCUCUGCUAUUCCAGUGCAUCCUGAAGUUAAUGAGAUAUCUCAAGGAAAAACUGAACAUAUGAAAACUCCAGAAAAGGAUUUGCAGCCAGAAAACCCUUCUGCUGGGACUUCAGUCCCCAAAGAUCUCCUGAGCACUUUGAAGAUCAGGCCAGUCUCACAGCCUUUUGUCAGUCCAGUGAUGAAAAACACAUCUGAAGAAUGUGAGACAUGGAUCGACAGGCUCAGGAAGCUAGAAAAUGCCCUCUACCUGUGUGAUCUGAGUAAUACAGGAGUUCUGGAGAAGGAACGAGCCAGAUGCCUCAUUCUCAACUACAAUCUCAUUUACAACCUGUCCCUGAGCCCUCGGAAAAUUGACCAAGCCUUGCAGAGAUUCCAUGCUGGAGAAAAUAUGCUCUUGGAGCCAGCGCUUCAGUACUUAAAGGAGCUAUGA